GAUUGCCUCUCCGUUCCUUCCGCUCUCGAUGGACAUCUCCUGGCUGCAGUCCGGUCCCAUGCCCUCCCGUACGGAUAUCCCCAGGCAAGCACCACUGUAACCAGUUUGGGGAAGGGGGAGCGUCUCAAAGCCAUGGGGAGCUUCUACAAGGACUACUUCAACUCCUGCAAAAUCUUGCAGCACUACAACUACACCAAGGACAGGCUGGAGAAAGACAAGGACCCCUCGCUGGGCCCCGUCACGGUGGCCAUCAUCGUCUUCUGCUGCUUCAUCAUCCUGGAGAACCUGCUGGUGCUCAUCUCCGUCUGGAGGAACAAGAAGUUCCACUCGGCCAUGUACAUCUUCAUCGGCAACCUGGCUUUCUCGGACCUUCUGGCCGGCGCAGCCUUUAUCGCCAACGUGGUCUUCUCAGGCCCGGCGACCUUCCUGCUCACCCCGCUGCAGUGGUUUGUGCGGGAGGGGACGGCCUUCGCCACCUUGGCGGCCUCCGUCUUCAGCCUCUUGGCCAUCGCGAUCGAGAGGCACGUGGCCAUCACCAAGGUGAAGCUUUACAGCAGCGACAAGAACUGCCGGAUGGUCCUACUGAUCGGGGCCUGCUGGGUUAUCUCGGCUAUCAUCGGGGGGAUGCCCGUCAUCGGCUGGAACUGCAUGAAUAACCUCGACGAGUGCUCCACCGUCCUUCCGCUCUACUCCAAGCGCUACAUCUUCUUUGUGGUUACCGUUUUCACCCUCAUCCUGUUGUCCAUCGUGGUCCUCUACGUCCGGAUCUACCGCAUUGUCCGUUCCAGCCAUGCGGAGAUAGCGGGCUCCCAGACUAUGGCCUUGCUCAGGACCGUGACUUUCGUCCUGGGGGCCUUCAUCAUUUGUUGGCUGCCGGCCUUUAUCGUCCUGUUAAUAGACGCUUCGUGUCCCAGGAAGGCAUGCACCAUACUUUACCAGGCAAAGUAUUUCUUUGCCUUCGCCACCCUCAAUUCCGCUAUAAACCCCCUCAUCUAUACCCUGCGCAGCAAGGACAUGAGAAAAGAGUUCCUGCGGGUGCUCUGCUGCUGGGGGAUGAUGGGGCAGGGGAAACCCGCCGAACGGUGCAUGAUCCCCCUGCGGAGCUCCAGUUCCUUGGACCGGUGCACCCAAAAACAGGAUCUGACCACUGCACCUUUCAUGAAGGAACGUUCCACUUUUGUUUGA